AUGGAGCGCAAGUACAGCUUCGCGGAGGACGAGGCGGGGCUGUUCGACUUCGCGGAGCCGGAGGUGGAGGUGGAUCCAGUGCCGCGCGCUACCAUCGCGCUCAGCGGGAUCAACGUGAGCGCCUUCAUUGCGCGCGUGGACCGCAUCAACGUGGACGGGCUGCACCGCACGAAGGAUGACGUCAUCAAGGGCACCGUCGACGACCUGUUCAAGGCAAAGGACUUCGAGGACGUGAUCGUGCGCGCGCACAAGGUAACGACGCACCUAGCGCACGCCACCGCCAUCUGUCGGCGUGAAGCUGCCGAACGUGUUCGGUCGCGGGGAGCGCGCGGCGGCCGGGUACAGCGUCGGCCAUCGGCGCUCCAGCGACAUGCACCUCGGGUUCACGAAGCCGCUGCUGCAGCGACCGUACCACCCCGUUCAGACAGAGUUGUAGCCAGCGGUUGGUGCAGGGUGUCGGGCUCGCUGUACCAGCGCGACACGGAGCAGCCGAGCUCCGGCUACCGGCUGCUGAACCGCGGCCUGCUGCUCGACCUCGCCUUCCAGACCUCGCCCACGUGUGGGAGAGUCAUGCUUCGGCACGAAUGGGUCGGCUCGACCGGAGUGAUACCACGGCCGGCGUCACAGAAAACCGGCGUGAAACAACAGCGUUGUGUUUCGCCGUGUCCGCAGCUAAAGUCGAUGGUCCGCCACAUAAUCUGCGUGGACCAGCGCGACGAGGCAGUGUUCCCGACGCGCGGCGUGCGCCUGCAGAUCAGCAACGAGCUGGCCGGGCUCGGCGGCAGCGUCGCCAGCCUCAAGGCGGAGCUCCAUCUACAGCUCAACCACACGCUGUCGGACACACUCGGAGUGGUGGUGCAGGCGACGUGCGCGAUGGGCCUGCUGCAGGACGUGUACGGCACGGAGCUGGCGGACCACUUCUUCCUCGGCGGACCUUCCUCGCUGCGCGGCUUCCAGCACCGCGGCGUCGGACCGCACUGCGACGGACAGGCGCUCGGCGGACGGAUGUACUGGGCGGGCGGGCUGCACGUGGUGGCCCCGCUGCCGGUGGCGGGCGCGCGCCGGGGGCUGGCCGCGCUGCUCCGCUCGCAUCUGUUCCUCAACGCCGGCUGCCUCGCCUUCCCAGAGCGUGGGUCGGGCGGGGCGGCGUGGUGGCGCGGGCUGGGCGCGGCGCGGGGCGCGGCGGGCGCGGGGCUCAGCGUGAAGCUGGGCCGCGCCACGCGCCUCGACCUCAGCUACGUGCUGCCGCUGCGCUGGAUGCCCGGCGACAGGACACACGCAGGCCUACAGUUUGGGCUCGGGGCUAACUUACUCUAA